AACACAGUGUCAGACUUGUGAACGCAAUUACAUGUAUGACUUUUACGUCAUGACAUUAGUGCCAUCCUGGAAACUUCGUAGUCAACGAAAUGUGCAAGUCCUGAAUAGGAAUUUCACAUCCUCUUUCACCUGUCCUAUGCUUUCGCAACCUUGCACACUAAGAUACACAAAAUAGCAUUAAUUAUCAAUAAGCUACACCAACAUCCCAACACAAUUAGCCUUUCUAAUACCCAUUAAUUUAACUAAUUAAUUACAAUAUUUACACAUUUUCUCUUCACCUUCGUCCUUUUCCAUCUCCAUGGUCAUGCACAAACCCCAUAUAUAAGAAUACCCUUUUCUUCUUUCCUCUCCAAGUUCAAGCUCAACGCGCAAAACCCUUCUCUCUAAUCAGUUGACGGUAGUACGCUUCUGGUUGUUCAUGGAGUUAUUUACCAAAACCAUGGCAGUCAAACUUCGAAGUCACCUUGAUAAGUACAUGAUCGCCGAUGACGAUGGGGAAACUGUCCGUCAGAGCAAAAAUGGCUCGUCCCGUAAAGCCAGAUGGCUUGUGGAGCUCGUGGAAGGGAGAACAGACGCUGUCCGUCUCAAAACCUGCGAUGGCAGAUACCUUACUGCCUCUGAUUUACCCUUUCUUUUAGGUAUGACAGGGAAAAGGGUAAUUCAAACUCUGCCUGAAAAGAUUACUGACUUGAAUCUCGAGUGGGAGCCUAUAAGGGACGGGUUUCAGGUGAAACUAAAAAGCUGGUGUGGGAAAUUCUUGCGUGGAAACGGUGGUACACCGCCGUGGAGAAACUCAGUUACUCACGAUGAGCCUCACACGGGUUCAACACUGAGGUGGAUUCUGUGGGAUGUAGAGUCAGUGGAAGCAGUUGAAACGGAGACGUUGGCAGAGUAUUUAUCGUCCAUGUCGAGUUUUUCUUCGGUUCCUGAGGAUGUUCUUGAAGCAGCUUCCGAUGAGUAUUUGGGGUCAGAACCUGGUUCACCGAUUUCAGUUGUGUCAUCGAGGAGGACUCCAAGAUUGACUGUCAUCAAGUCCAUGUCUCCAAGAUUAUCUCCAAAGAAGUCCAUUUCUAACCACUUCCGGUCAGCUAUGGAGUUCUUCCACAACGCCAAGGCCGUGCGUCUCCGUAGUCACCACGACAAGUACCUGCACGCUGAGGAAGAUGAGGAGUCCGUCUCUCAAGACCGAAGCGGAUCCUCCAAGAACGCUAGAUGGUAUGUCGAGUUGGUCCCUGGAUCCGACACCAUAAUCCGCCUUAAGUCUUGCUAUGGUAAGUACCUUACCGCCUCUAACAAUCCUUUUCUUCUCGGCAUGACCGGUCGCAAGGUCCUUCAGACUUUGCCUAGGAGGCUUGAUUCCUCCGUCGAGUGGGAGCCCAUCAGGGAUGGAACUCAUAUUAAGCUCAAGACCCGGUAUGCAAACUUCUUGAGAGCUAACGGGGGGCUUCCGCCUUGGAGAAAUUCGGUGACUCAUGAUAUUCCUCAUAGGACUGCUACUCAGGAUUGGGUUCUCUGGCAUGUUGAUGUUGUGGAGAUUCAAGUCAAAUCUUCGCAUCAAAAGAAGUCGGAGCCGCAACCCACCUCUCAUUUAGAUUCUUUGGAUUUCGAUUCCAGUUCGCCUUCUUCCGUCUCUAUCAAAUCUGACACUUUUUCGAGACGAGAGUCGACUGAAUCUAAUGUGAGUUCGCCUCCUAAAUCUGAGGGAAGAACUAUAUACUACGGCGUGGCUGAUGAGAAUGGGAACGUCUGUGAUGAUAUUGUGGAGGCUUACUCGUUGAAUUUUAAGGGAAAUGGGGUUGAUGAGUUGACUCAGAAAUUAAGGGAAGAGACGGGUUUUCAGGAUAUUAUUGUAUGUUCUCGUAGUCCUUUGAAUGGAAAGCUCUAUCCACUUCGAUUGCAGCUUCCUCCAAACAAUGCCGAUAUGCAUGUUAUUGUACUUCACUCAUCAUCCAAAGUGGCCAGAGAUUUUGCAAAACAAGGAGUCAAAUUAUGAGAUACAAUGGAUGGACAUUACAGUUUUGUUAAGUUUUCACAAGCAUAUCUUUUGUACAUUCUAUUCAGUCCUCUUAUCAUCUAGUUGAAAGCACAAAGACAACCUAUGGAAACGGAGCUACCGUUUCCAACCAUGGAGGUUAGACAUCAAGAAGUUAAAACAGUCUCGCGGAGUGAAGCUAUUUGCAGGAGUGUCGUUGCAAUUGCAGAUGGUCAAUGUAGUGUUGAUGCUUCUUGCCCCAUCAUAGUGCUGCACAAUAUUAGUCUACUUGGAACAUAAUUAUAGCAUGAUUUCUUUAUAGCUUUGUUGAUUAAUUUUUGUCGCACCAAUUUGCGUGUGAAAAAUGUAUGGUUUUGAUGGUUUGCUGUGAUCA